AUGAGUGGAUUCGUUAAUGAUUUAUCUCAACUUCAAAAAAAUGAAUUAAUCAAAUUUAAUGAAUAUUUAGAUGAAAAUAUUGAGCAAAUUAAAAAAGAUAUCGAAUCUAAAUUAAAUACACCAUCAUCACCAACUACAACAUCCACACCACCAGAAUCAACAACUACAACUACAACUACAACAACAACAACUACUACAAAUCAAAUUAGUGAAUUAAAAAUUUGGUCAGUUAAUUUAGAAAAACUAUCAAAUCAAAGAGAUAUUGUUUUAUUAAAAUUUUUAAGAGCUAGAGAUUUCAAAUUGGAUGCAGCUAAACAAAUGUUAAUAAACUCACUUGCAUGGAGAAAACAGUUUAAUGUCGAAAAUAUUUUAAAUGAAGAGUUUCCAGAAUACUACAAGGAGAUUGGUGAAAUUUGGACCAAACCAGAUAUCGACGGUAGACCAAUUAUGGUAAAUUAUUAUCACAAGAUCAAUCCUGAUGUCGUAUUUAAAGAUGGCGUUAGCCAAUUUGUCCGUUGGAAAGUUCAGCAGAUGGAAAGAGCAAUUCACGAUACCCUCAUACCAUCGAAUUGGUCAAUAGAAGAUUUAGUUGUCAUUCACGAUUACAAAGAUGUUUCAAUCUUUAGAACAGAUUCAAGAAUAAAACAAGCAUCUAAUCAAACUAUUACUGCAUUACAAGAUAACUAUCCAGAGUUACUUGCUAAAAAGUUUUUCAUUAAUAUUCCAUGGAUUUUAGAAAAACUAGUAUCUGCUUUCAGUAUGCUAACUAGUGAAAGAACAAGAAGCAAAUUCAUUAUUUGCUCAGGUACCUAUAGAGAAAAACUAUUAAAGUUUGUCGAUGUCGAUAAUAUUCCACAAAGAUUAGGUGGCUUUGAAGAUAAUAGUAUACAAAUUCAAGUUGUUAAAAUCGAAUCACAAAAGAACCAUAUUAUUGACUUGGGAAAGUUGGACUCUGAUAAAACUAUUGAAUGGGAAUUUACAUCCAAAGUUUUCCAAAAGGAUUUAUCAGCCAAUAUUAUUUCUUCAAUUAAUGGUAGUGGCAGUAGCAAUAAUAUUACAAUUGAAGGAACCUCACCCUCACCCUCACCCUCAUCCCCCUCAUCCCCAUCAUCCCCAUCAAACAUUUCCAACAAUAUUCUACUUGCCAUUAAACCAAAAGAAUUUAACAGUGGUUCAAUUCAAAUCGAAGAUGAUGGUUAUUAUAAAUUCAGCUUAAAGAAUCAUUUUAACGAACCUGUUGAAAUUCAUUAUCGUGUUUGCACCAAAUCUAGAUUAACUCAAUCUGUAAAUUUAAUUUCAAAAGAUUUAGAAAACACCAAAAUCGAAAAAGACAAUCAAAUCAUAAAUCAAUUGGAAAAAGAGGACCAAGAAAAACUAGAUAAUCAAGAAAAAGAAAAAUUGGACAAUGAUCAUGUUGCUUUAAUUUAA